ACACGUGUGUCACUGCUGUUACAGACUGAAGCUGUGGUCUCAGAGCAUGUCGUAUUAUUCUGUACAUACAUCCGAGACACUCCAUUUAGUAUGAUGUUACGUUUACUAUGGCUCCUGUGUAGAACAACUUGUCAGAUGGUGCAUUGGAGACUGAUGUGUUCCUGUCCUUUCUUUUCACAAUACUAUUGCAGGUAUGGUUCUAUUGUCUAAGAAUUAAGAUUAUACAUUCUUUGUAUUAAGGACUGGUUAUUAUUUUAUAGUAUACAUUAUGGCUUUAUAUAUGAAUGUGAUUUGUGUGAGUCCGAGAAAACACUGAGAGAGAAAGAACAACUUGUCAGAUGGUGCAUUGGAGACUGAUGUGUUCCUGUCCUGUCUUUUCACCAUACUAUUGCAGAUCAACAUAAAAGCCUAAAAGGCAGCCGUGGUGUCGCUCUUCAUUUCUUGGUUCUCCUGUGGUACAUAAGAAACCCGCUACAUACUUAUGCUGAUAGACAUUACAUGUACUCUGUGAUGUACUAGUGGGUUUAGCCUCUUACUUGGAUGGCAAGGAGGUUCAGGUUGUCCUAAUGGGUAACGUACACAUUAAUCCUAUGUUUAAAAAUAUAUAUUAUAAAUCUAGGAUGACAUCUGUAUGGUAGACCCCUGUCGGUGAGGUUAUUAACCUAUAUCUGAUCUGUUUUUGUAAACUCAACCAAGUUAACCCAGAUGGAAGACUUUUUGGGCACAAGUGCUAGCAACAACAUUGAGUGGAGAUUAUGAAGAGUGGGCAUUCACGGGUGCAGACCGCUCCUGUGCCUGAGGAUUGGACGGGCCUGAUCACCCGAGCCAAGCGCUCUCUCCUUUGGCGAUGGAAUACUCUGAAGCCUGUUGGCGCAAGCUGCAGAGAGCACGACGAGUGUGGGACCAAAUACUGCAGGAAAAAGAUGUGUUCAUUCCAGGUUUUUACAUCUUGAACUGAAAUGUGAGCUCUUCUAGAACUCUGGACACAGCCAGAACAACAAUCAAUGGAAAAGCAACAAUCAAUGGAGCCUGUCAAUGGAGCCUGUCAAUGGAGUGCCUAACUGUACCAAGUGAUGUCACAGGACUUCAUUUGGCUCACCAAAUAUUUGGUAAAAACAGCUAACCAACUAAUUUGAACAGCUCAAUAACCCCUUCCGAACUGAUACAAAAUGUGCCAGGUACAGUCUAACAGUAAGCUGUAAAUGUUGUAAAGUUAUGUGAACCCGGUCUCAGUAUGUACAAUCAGAUAAUAGCUUUCCCAUUGGAGAUACUUCAUUUAUCCAAUCAACAAAAUGUUUCAAAAACAAAAUACAGACAAUGCACUCAACCAACAUGAAGCAGUUUAUUGACAAGAAAAAACAAAUGUCUGUGGAAGAUACGUUUAAAACUGUGACGAUGCCAUUGAGCCGUUAUUUAUUUGUAAAUUAUUUAUUUGUAUAUAUUGUCAAGAUUGUACACACACACGCACACAAUGUAAAUAAUGUUAAAAUAUAUUAUUGUAUUUUUUUGUGACAUGGUAGUGAAAGUAUUUUAUUGUUUCUUACAACAACAACAACAA